UUUGAAACCUUUUGGUGUUUAUGUUUUGUAGAUAUCUCUUCCAAAUGCAAGAUGAAGGAGUUCUUGUCAACAGCGCAAAGCAAUAGAGAAGUGUUCCACACAGGGACAUUGCAAAGACAUGAAAGUCAUCAAAUUGGAGAUUAUUGCUUCCAGGAUGUUGAUAAAGAUAUUCAUGACUUAGAGUUUCAGUGGCAAGAAGAUGAAAGAAAUGGCCAUGAAGCACCCAUGACAAAAAUCAAAAAGUUGACAGGUAGUACAGACCAAUAUGAUCAAAGACAUGCUGGAAACAAGCCUAUUAAAGAUCAGCUUGGAUUAAGCUUUCAUUCACAUUUGCCUGAACUACACAUAUUUCACACCGAAGAGAAAAUUGAUAAUCAACUUGAGAGGUCUGUCAAUGAUGCUUCCUCAGUUUCAACAACCCAAAGAAAUUGUUGUAGGCCCAAAACCCAUAUAUCUAAUAACUAUGGGAAUAAUUUCCAGAAUUCUUCAUUAUUUACACAGAAACAGGAAGUACAUAUGAGAGAAAAAUCUUUCCAAUGUAAUGAGAGUGGCAAAGCCUUUAGUAAUAGAUCACUCUUAAGGAAACAUCAGAUAAUCCAUUUAGGACAGAAACAAUAUAAAUGUGAUAUAUGUGGCAAGCUCUUUAAUCAGAAACAAUACCUUGUAGACCAUCGUAGAUGUCACACUGGCGAGAAACGUUACAGUUGUAAUGAGUGUGGCAAGACCUUCAGUCAGACGUCAUCCCUUACAUACCAUCGUAGACUUCAUACUGGAGAGAAACCUUACAAUUGUGAAGAAUGUGACAAAGCUUUCCAUUUCAAAUCAAACCUUGAAAGACAUAGGAGAAUUCAUACUGAAGAGAAACCAUAUGAGUGUAAUGAGUGUGGCAAGACAUUUAGGCAGAAGUCAAUCCUUACAUGCCAUCGUAGACUUCAUACUAAAGAGAAACCAUACAAGUGUAAUGAGUGUGGCAAGACAUUUAGGCAGAAGUCAUCCCUUACAUGCCAUCGUAGACUUCAUACUGGAGAGAAACCUUAUAAGUGUAAUGAGUGUGGCAAGAACUUUAGGCACAAGUCAUCUCUUACAUGCCAUCGUAGACUUCAUACUGGAGAGAAACCUUACAAAUGUGAAGAAUGUGACAGAGCUUACAGUUUCAAAUCAAACCUUGAAAUACAUCAGAAACUUCAUACUGAAGACAAUCCUUACAAGUGUAAUGAGUGUGGCAAGACCUUUAGCCGAACGUCAUCCCUUACAUGCCAUCGUAGACGUCAUACUGGAGAGAAACCUUACAAAUGUGAAGAAUGUGACAAAGCAUUCCGUUUCAAAUCAAAUCUUGAAAGACAUAGGAGAAUUCAUACUGGAGAGAAACCAUACAAGUGUAAUGAGUGUGGCAAGACCUUUAGUCGGAAGUCAUACCUUACAUGCCAUCGUAGACUUCAUACUGGAGAGAAACCCUACAAGUGUAAUGAGUGUGGCAAGACAUUUAGUCACAAGUCAUCCCUCACAUGCCAUCGUAGACUUCAUUCUGCAGAGAAACCUUACAAGUGUAAUGAGUGCGGCAAGACCUUCAAUCAGCAGUUAACUCUUAGACACCAUCGUAGACUUCAUACUGGAGAGAAACCUUACAAAUGUGAAGAAUGUGACAAAGCUUACAGUUUCAAAUCAAACCUUGAAAUCCAACAGAAAAUUCAUACUGAAGAGAAUCCUUACAAGUGUAAUGAAUGUGGCAAGACCUUCAGCCGGACGUCAUCCCUUACAUGCCAUCGUAGACUUCAUACUGGAGAGAAACCUUACAAAUGUGAAGAAUGUGACAAAGCUUUCCGUGUGAAAUCAAACCUUGAAGGACAUAGGAGAAUUCAUACUGGAGAGAAACCAUACAAGUGUAAUGAGUGUGGCAAGACUUUUAGUCGGAAGUCAUAUUUUACAUGCCAUCAUAGACUUCAUACUGGAGAGAAACCUUACAAGUGUAAUGAAUGUGACAAGACCUUUAGUCAGAAGUCAUCCCUUAUAUGCCAUCGUAGACUUCAUACUGGAGAGAAACCUUACAAGUGUAAUGAGUGUGGCAAGACAUUUAGUCAGAAGUCAAACCUUACAUGCCAUCGUAGACUUCACACUGGAGAGAAACCUUACAAAUGUAAUGAGUGUGGCAAGAACUUUAGUCAGAAGUCAUACCUUACAUGCCAUCGUAGACUUCAUACUGGAGAAAAACCUUACAAGUGUAAUGAAUGUGGUGAGGUUUUUAAUCAACAAGCACACCUUGCAGGUCAUCAUAGAAUUCACACUGGAGAGAAGACUUAGAAAUGUGAAGUAUGUGACAAAGUUUACAGUCACAAAUCAAGCCUUGAAAGACAGGAGAAUUCAUACUGUAGAGAAAGCUUACAAAUGUGAAGAAUGUCACAAAGUUUUCAGUUGCACAUCAAACCUUGAAAGACAUAGGAGAAUUCCUACUGGAGAAAAACCAUAAAUAUGUAAGAGUUUGUGACAAGGCUUUCAGGCGUGAUUGGCACCUGGCACAGCAUCCUAGAAUUCACACUGGAGAGAAGCCUUACAAGUGUAAUGAGUGUGACAGAGUCUUUAGUGGGCAGUCAACACUUGUUUACCAUCAGGCACUUCGUGGUGUAGAGAAACUUUACUGAUGUAAUGAUUGUCAUAAAGUCUUCAGUAAUGCUACAACCAUUGUGAAUCAUUGGAGAAUCCAUAAUGAAGAGAGAUCAUACUAGUGUAAUAAAUUUGGCAGAUUUUUCAGAUGUUGUUCAUACCUUGCAGUUCAUCGGUGAACUCAUGCUGGAGAGAAACCUUACAAAUGUCAUGAUUGUGGCAAGGUCUUCAGUCAAGCUUCAUCCUAUGCAAAACAUAGGAUAAUUCAUACAGGAGAGAAACCUCACAAGUUUGAUGAUUGUGGCAAAGCCUUUACUUCACACCUCAUUAGACAUCAGAGAAUGCAUACUAGACAGAAAUCUUACAAAUGUCAUCACGGUGCCAAGGUCUUCAGUCUGAGUUCACUCCUUGCAGAAUAUCAGAAAAUUCAUUUUGGAGGUAGUUGAUCCAAAUGCAAUGAGUAGAGCAAACAAUCAAGCAUUAAUUGACAUUAGAGUCAAUUCAGCGUUGACUUGAGUUUGAGUUGACUUAACGUUGAGUUCAAGCAUUAAUUGACAUUGAAUUGUUUAUGUUAAGAAGAUUGGGCCAGGCACAGUGGCUCACACCUGUAAUCCGAGCGCUUUGGGAGGCCAAGGUGGGUACAUCACUUGAGGUCAGGAGUUUGAGAUCAGCCUGGCCAACAGAUGUGAGCCAUUUUCCCUGUGUGUUUUUCAUUUCUUUAACAAAAACUGAUAGGGAUUUUUAUGGGUAUUGUGUUGAAUCUAAAUCACAUUGGGUUAUAUAAUCAUUUAACAAUAUUUUUCCAAACCAUCAAUAUGAGUUGUUAGCUCUAUGUUUUUAAUCAUUUCAAUCAAUGUUUGUAGAUGUCAAGGUACAAAUUUCUGACCUUUUUAUGUUUGUUUGUUUGUUUUGAGACGGAGUCUUGCUCUGUCACCCGGGCUGGAGUGCAGUGGCCGGAUCUC